AAAACCCCCUUCUGUCUCAAGAACAGUGCUGGUUUCUUCUCAGAACCUUGAGGUCAUUGGCCAUCAUGUCCAUCAAUAGGGUGGCUGUGGGUCUGCUGGCCCUGCUGCUGGUUUGCUGUGUCAGAGCUGAGGAGGAGCCUGUGGCUGAGGAGAAUUCUGCUGAAUUGUCUGUUGGCGAGCUGUUGGAGAGAGCUAACAGAGGCAUCGUUCGAGGUCCUGAUGAGCCAAAGGUUGUUGGAGACAUUGCUGUUGAUGAUGAAAACGAUGUGAGGAACGCUGAUCCCUGCACCUCCCAAGGAUGCAUGUGGCCCAAGUCCAGCAACGGACUGGUCUACAUCCCAUACGUCAUUGCCAACCACUUCACCUCCCGUGAGCUGCAGGUCAUUCAGCGUGGUCUAGACUCCUUCUCCUCUGUUUCCUGCAUCCGCUUCACACCACGCUCCAACCAGAGAGACUACAUCAGCAUUGAGUCCCGCAGCGGAUGCUACUCUUAUGUCGGACGCCGUGGUUACGCCCAGACUGUGUCUCUGGACCGCAAUGGCUGCAUUUACCACAACACCGUGCAGCACGAGCUGCUCCAUGCUCUGGGAUUCAACCAUGAACAGUGCCGUAGUGACCGUGACAACCACAUCCGUGUUGUGUGGGAGAACAUCAUUGACAGCUAUAAGUACGCCUUUGACAAGAUCAACACUCUAAACCAGGGAACUCCCUACGACUACAACUCUGUCAUGCAGUACCACAGGACUGCUUUCUCUAAGAAUGGUCAGCCCACCAUGGUCCCCAUCCCCAACAGCAAUGUGUCUUUCGGUCAGGGAACCCAGAUGAGCCAAAAUGACAUUACCAGACUCAACAGGCUCUACAAGUGCUAAAGAGAGCUGUGUUGGUCCACCAAGGAGACGCCACAGACGAGCAGUGAAGAUUUGUGUCUAUGUCUGCUCACAUAUGGAGAUCUUUUCAUGACUAUGUAAUUAACAGAAGAAAUAAAAUGUUUUAAAAGUGAAUAUUAA